AUGACUCAAAGUAAUAUUUUUAGCAACGAAAAACUCCAUGGCGGGGCUCGCACAAUUAGCGAGGAGAAACUUAUGGUUGCAGUGCGCGUUAGACCUCUGCGUGGCGACGAAGGUCCGCGGAUUGUGCACGUUGUCAGCGACAAGAUGCUUGUGUUGGAGGAGGAAGCCGACAGCCGUCGCGACGUUCUACGUCAACGACGAGUUAACGAUAAGCAUUACAUUUACGACAGAGUUUUCAGCGAAGAAAGCACUCAGGAAGAAGUGUACGAUGCAGUGUGCUCGCCACUAGUUGGCGACACACUGCGCGGCAUCGCUGGCGCUGUAUUCGCCUACGGGGCGACUGGUGCUGGCAAGACCCAUACAAUGACUGGUCUCAUGUCCCGUGCCCUCGGCCAUUUAUUCACCAGUAUUUCUGAGAGUGAUGACCCUAAGGCAUACGAGGUUAAAAUGUCUUACAUCGAGAUCUACAACGAGAACAUUCGAGACUUGCUAAAUCCUGGUGCAGGGCCCCUUGAGUUGCGUGACGAGGGAGGUAAUGGAGCACCGGUGGUGGCAGGACUCAGUGAGGUACGUGCGUUGGGCGCAGCGCACGUGGCUGAAUUGUUGGCUAGGGGUGACCGAGCACGCACAGCGGAGCCUACGCACGCCAACCACCACUCGUCUAGGGGGCACGCCUUGUUGAGCGUGUCAGUGAGUGUCAAGGUCGAGGAGGGAGUGCAACGCGGGCGUCUAUUUCUGAUAGACCUGGCCGGUUCCGAACGAGCGGGGCUGCGCGCGAGAAGGUUAGAGGGCGCGCACAUCAACCGCUCGCUACUCGCCUUGGGGAACUGCAUUAUGGCGCUGUCGGGUGGAGCUAGAUACGUGAACUACCGCGAUUCUAAGUUGACACGAUUGCUGCGCGAGGUGCUCGGCGGGCGGUGCCGCACUGUGAUGGUGGCGCACGUGGCGCCCGGUGCCGCCCACAGGGACACUACGCGUUCGACGCUGCACUACGCGCAACGCGCCGCCGCCAUCACCAACAGGGUCGAGCGUGAAAUCAUCGAGACUCCAAUGCAUCUAUCGCAGUAUCGGACAGUAAUCAAUGAACUUCGGGAGGAAAUCGCUCGUCUCAAGUUCAAGAUGAAAGAUGAUCGCUCUAGGCCUAAAGAGGAACCUAACGAGGGAGAAACUAACAAGGAUGAGCCGAUGGAGAAUGCGGCGCACCUUAAGUCCCUUCGAGAGGCCAUAGUGUCCACUUUCAAGCAACAAAUGCGUCUGCGUCGGAGGCUCAUGGAGUUGGACAGUCACUUACUAGGCCUUGCCCUUGAUGCAGAACGACAGCACGCCGCUAUUUCGCACUGGGAGGCGAGGUUCAACCGCCUCUACAAGCCUGUCAGCGUAGGAACUAGGCUCAGCACACAGCAGAGUUAUAGGGGUGGGACGGGUGCGUCAGGGGGUAACGCUGGUGCGGGCGGCGAGCGCGCCGAGGCGGAGGUGGCGGUGGACCAGGCUUGGGCGGAACUCGCCGCCGUCGAGCGCGAGCAGGAGGCCGCGCGCGCAGAGAGGGCGCGCGUUGAACGGCAGCUGGAGCAGGUUCGGCUGCGCGGCGCGCAACUGGAACAGGAGCUGCCGGCGCACAUCGGCGACGGGCCGGAGCGCGAGGUGCUGGCGCUGGUGUGCCGGGUGCACGAGCUCGAGGCGGACAAGCUCGCGCUGCAGGGCGAGAGGGCGGCGCGCGCGCACGAUCUGCGCAGGCGCGACCUGGCGCUGCAGCGGCGCGACGCGCAGCGGCGGCUCACCGACGAGAUCAUCACGCGCCAGCGCAGGGCGCUAGAGGAAUUGGGUAUUGGAAUUCAGCCGGAGCUGGCUCAGUUAUACGAGCUGUAUCAACAAGAGAUCCACGCAUCUACCUACACAGAGAGCAAUGACAUUUACACCCCGUCAUAUCUUCUGCCACCCAUUUCUACCAGCAGCAUGUCGGAGCUGGGCUGGUCUGGCAGUUCCAGUGGAUCGACGCGAGGCUCCAGCUCUGGUUCUGGGGGUACUGUGCCCAUGGACGCGCGCCUUCCUCGUCUGGCACCCACGCCACGUCCGCGAACGAAGUACAGCCAUCCAAGCGCAUCGACUUUGAAGCGUUAUGCCAGCGAUGAUAGCUUAGUCAUCGCCGCACCACGUCGAAAUGAUCCGGCAUCU